AGGUAUUUUAUGCUACAUUGUAACGAUCGUAUAAAAUAUUGCAUUCAUAAUCUGCAGGUUGUUCCAACUCAUAUUUUUUCUUGGGCAAGUUAUGAGAAUAACAUUAACUCGAGAAACAGUCAUGCGAAAAACAAAGCAACAACCUAAAGAUACAAAUGAGUGGAUGAUCAAAGUUAACGAUGAACUCAACUACAUGGGAUAUAGUUCGACAGAGAAAGAGAUGGAGCAAUGGAAGAAGCGAUCGAUCUACAAAGUCAUACAUCCAAACAUGGAAGCCUAUCAGCCUCAGACAGUCUCAUUUGGCCCUUACCAUCAUGGUGAGGCACAUUUGAAACCUAUGGAGAAGCACAAGCACCGGGCUAUGCUUCAUUUCCUCAAAAGAUCAAAGAAACCUCUUGAUUUGUAUGUCAACUCUCUAACGGGAGUGGAGCGAGAUUUGAAAGAUUCGUAUGAUUGUCUUGACAAAGAGUGGCAAGAAAAUACGAAUAGGUUCUUGCAGUUGAUGGUUAUGGAUGGAUGUUUCAUGCUUGAAAUCUUGCGCACAUCCUAUCUUCCGGGAAAAAAAUUCUAUUGCACAUCCCCUCAAACUAUGGAUGAUUAUGCUCGAAACGAUCCCAUCUUCAGCGAGUAUGGCAAGGUAAAUUUCAUGCCAUAUAUCAAGCGAGACAUGCUCUUGCUUGAAAAUCAAUUGCCCAUGCUGGUUCUCACUAGGCUGCUUGCGGUUGAAGAUUACAAAACUCAGUUUACUCAAAAGCAGCAAGAUGAGCGGGAGUUCCUGAAUCAGCUCGUACUCAACUUUUUCUCCUCCCCCAUUGUUGACCCAAGGGCUUACACUUCAGAGGAAGAGAGCACAACCAAAUUAAGAUUGGGAAACUGCUUGCACGUAUUGGAUGUGUAUAGAAAGAGCCUACUCUGGGAAGAUCCCUUUACCGACAAAGAUCAGGGGAUAGCAAGCACUUCCGAUCCUGUAGGCACUGAUGAAAUUAUCCGGUCUGCGACUGAGCUUAAUGAAGCGGGAAUUAAAUUCAGCAAAAGUGAGUCCGAAAGCCUAAAAGACAUCACAUUCUUCGGCGGGGUGCUAAGGUUGCCUGGCAUUGUGGUUGACGCUGUGACUGAGCCCCUGUUUCGCAACCUGAUAGCUUUCGAGAGGUUUCAUGUUGAAGCAGGGAAAGAGGUGACUUCUUAUGUCUUCUUGAUGGGCAACCUCAUCAGCAAUGUCGAGGACGUUUGCCUCCUAACCUCCCAACAAAUCAUUCAAAAUGCCAUCGGAAGUGACGAAGCUGUAGCUAACCUAUUCAACUCGCUCUCUAGGGAUGUAACACUCGACCCAAAGUGCAGCCUCAACGCGGUACAUAAGGAGGCCACUAAGUAUUGUAAGAACCGGUGGAACUGGUGGAACCAGUGGCGGGACAAUUUCAUUCAGACAUGCUCCAGAAAUCGAUGGGCUAUUCUGUCUGCCGUUGCUGCAAUUGUCAUCUUUGCCCCUCGCCAUAGCUCGAACCGUGUAGCAGGGCAAGGUCCACAGCCACAGCCACAGCCACAGCCCGCCACAGCCCACCACAGACCAUAAGCACUAAGCAAGAAAGCCACGGCCCAGAAAAAUAUAUGUAUAUUUCUUUAUUAUAAAUUGGUCCCCCACACAACAUUUGUAAUUAAUAAAUAUAUUUAUUUGUAAUUAGAUAAUGCUUGCCUACUCACCAAAGUAGGGUGAAGCUACCCACCCGGCCUCUAUAUAGUCCAAUAAUAAAAUAACACAUCAUAUUUAAAAAUAAAAUAAUGCAUAUCUAAAAACACUAUAUACGAUUUAUUCAAUGAUUGAUCCGAGAAAGCAGAAAAAGGUAUAAAUUAUUUUAGUAUUAAAGGUGAUGCGUUAGUUUGUUAUUAGACCACAUAGGGGUGAGUAGCUUCACCCUACUCACUAGUGAGUCGCUAAGUAUUGUCCUUUUAAUUAAUAACCACAUUGAUCUUAUGUUUCA